AUGUCAAACAAAUCUACCACAAAAUGGACAGGGAGGGUGACCAGGUAUAACAACAACGGCCAUCGAAUCCAGACCAUCCCUUGCAUGACCAAGAAAAAUAGUCAAGUAGAUUAUAGAACGCCGUUCUGCAUCACAGAGAACUGCAACAGGGACAUCAUUGUGUCGGACAUUGAUCUAGGUGCUGUAGUAGUGGUAGACCACUUGGGACAAAAUAGGUUUUCCUACAAAGGACAUCAAUCAGAAUCCCAGCUUUUACCACGGGGUGUUUGUACAGAUGCACUGUCAAACAUUCUAGUGUGUGAUGACAACACUAGUGCUAUACAAAUGAUUGAUAAGGACGGUCAGUUCCUGUCAUUUUUACUUACAAAAGAACAAUUAACAGGCACUCCACACACCUUGAGCAUUGACAAGAAAACUCAUCUUCUCUGGAUAGGAUCAUCAGAUAACAACGUGCUGUCUGUGUAUAGAUACUUAACCAGAUAUGACUACUCAACGUGUUAG